AGUGAGACGUAGUAACGCUUAAUGAGUUAAUGUUGACGAUUGGGUUUAGCAACCCUGCAAUGAGGUGUCGGUGGUCAGUUGCCAGCCCAUUAUUCCAGUGGCAAGCUCGUAAUUUUUAACUGUAAAGGCAAAGAUCAUGCCCCAUGAAAUAGAGCCGUUGGGAAUGGGACCCUCUGCAGGUAAGACUUGGUCCAGUUCAUAACCGUUUAGGACAUACAUGAAGUAAAACUAGCCGUUAUGAUCAAAUUAAUCCUACUCCCCGCCAUCGUGUACUCUCUCUCUCUCUCUCAAACCUAGAUUCCCUCAUAUACUCUAUUAGACACAAUCACUUUAGCAGAACCCAUUUCACUAUCUUAAAACUAAUCUCUCCUCAUUAUCAUCUUUCCUUUCCUUAUACCUCCAUAGAUCCAGAGUAGAUAUAGAAGUACUACGAAACAGAGAAAGGAGAAGAGAAAGACGAUUAAACUAAAAAAUUCUUCUCUCCUUUCUAGUUAUUUUCUGCAUUCUUGCUUCUUCUUUUUUUCUUUGAUUCUUUAUUUUUUAUCAACACAAACAGAUUUAGAGAAAUGAGUAAUUGGUGCCAAUUCUUGGAUUCAAAGAAGAAAAAACCAAGGACACUACACCACAAAAAGAAUUUUUCUCCUCUCGAGUUCCAAAAUAAGUUCUCCAUUUUUAAUUUCUUCUUGUUUCUGCUAGCUUUUACCUCUCAAAUUGUUUUGCCUCAGGCAUGGGACGAGGUGAUUGUAACUCUAGCAGAUUAUCAAGCACUUCGAGCCAUCAAGCAGGAACUGGUCGACUUUGAAGGAGUAUUGCGCAGUUGGAAUGACAGUGGAUAUGGAGCUUGCUCAGGUGGGUGGGCUGGAAUCAAGUGUGUCAAGGGACAGGUUAUAGCAAUCCAGCUUCCUUGGAAGGGACUUGGAGGCAGAAUCUCUGAGAAGAUUGGUCAGCUUCAAGCUCUUCGAAAGCUUAGUCUCCACGACAAUGUGUUAGCUGGUGCUGUUCCAUGGUCUCUUGGGUUCCUCCCCAGUCUUAGAGGAGUUUACCUCUUCAACAAUCGGCUCUCGGGCUCUAUCCCUCCUUCAAUUGGUAACUGUCGUAAACUUCUGGCUCUUGAUUUGAGCAACAAUUCACUUAGUGGUAUAAUACCUUCCAGUGUGGCCAACUCUACCAGGUUAUACAGGCUCAAUCUGAGCUUCAAUUCCUUUCUGGGUCCAAUUCCUGGUAGUCUCACUCGGUUACCUUCUCUGACCAUCUUUGAUCUCCAACACAACAAUCUUUCUGGUGCUAUCCCUGAUUCUUGGGGUACAACGGGAAACUACUCUUACCUACUUCAGGUCUUGACCCUUGAUCAUAAUCUGUUGUCUGGACCAAUUCCUUCUUCUCUUAGCAAGUUAGGUUUCCUUCAAAAGCUUUCUCUGUGUCAUAACCAGGUUUCUGGGACCAUACCAAGUGAACUCGGCAGGCUCUUUGAGCUCCAGAAUCUUGAUUUAUCAGACAACGCCAUCAAUGGUAGUAUUCCUGCUAGUUUUGCCAACCUCUCCUCGCUUGUCUCGUUGAAUUUAGAGGGCAAUAAGCUUGAAAAUCAGAUCCCUGAUGCCAUAGACAGAUUACAGAACCUGUCAGUACUUAACCUGAAAGGUAAUCGAUUGGAAGGUAAUAUUCCCCCAGCAAUUGGGAACAUCUCUGGCAUCAACAUACUAGAUUUAUCUCAGAAUGAUUUCACUGGAGAGAUUCCCGUUUCAUUCGGCCUCCUAGCAAACCUUACCGCCUUUAAUGUUUCUUACAACAACCUGUCUGGGGUUGUUCCAUCUGUCCUCUCCAAAAAGUUCAAUGCAAGUUCUUUUGUUGGAAAUCUACAGCUUUGUGGGUACAGCACUUCAACCCCAUGUCCUUCUCCGCAUCCUCUCAUUCUUCCACCAGCACCUGCAGAGGCACCAAAACAUCAUCACCGCAAACUCAGUACCAAGGACAUCAUCCUAAUAGCAGCCGGUGUCCUCCUUGCCCUUCUACUUUUAUUUUGCUGCAUUUUGAUAUGCUGUUUAAUGAGGAAAAGGUCUUCCUCCAAAGGAAAGAAUGGUAAAGCAGACAAUGCAGGGAAGACUCAGAAAGGUGUUCCCGUAUCGCGAGCUGAAGAAGAAGCAGGUGGCCAAAUGGGUGGAAAACUAGUCCACUUCGAUGGACCAUUUAUUUUUACAGCUGACGAUCUACUAUGCGCAACUGCGGAGAUAAUGGGAAAAAGUACUUAUGGGACAGCAUACAAGGCAACAUUGGAGGAUGGCAAUCAAGUUGCAGUUAAGAGAUUGAGGGAGAAAACAACAAAAGGCCAGCGCGAGUUUGAAGCCGAGGCUGCUGCACUUGGAAAGAUUCGUCACCCAAAUCUGUUAGCCCUCAGAGCCUAUUACUUGGGACCUAAAGGAGAGAAGCUUCUUGUCUUUGAUUACAUGCCCAAAGGGAGUCUUGCAUCCUUCCUACAUGCACGAGGACCGGAAACCACCAUCGAUUGGCCAACAAGGAUGAAAAGUGCCAUGGGUGUUGCUCGUGGACUAAUCCAUCUCCACAGCCAGGAGAAAAUGGUUCAUGGGAAUCUGACAUCAAGCAACAUACUACUUGAUGAGCAGAACAACCCCCACAUUGCAGACUUUGGCCUCUCCAAGCUCAUGACGUCUGCUGCCAAUAUCAAUGUCGUUGCCACCGCUGGAACACUCGGCUACCGUGCACCAGAACUUUCAAAGCUGAAGGACGCCAACACAAAGACAGAUGUGUACAGCCUUGGAGUAAUCAUAUUGGAACUGUUAACAGGUAAGUCACCUGGAGAGGCAACGAAUGGAAUGGAUUUGCCACAAUGGGUAGCAUCAAUAGUGAAGGAGGAAUGGACAAAUGAAGUGUUUGAUUUGGAGCUUAUUAGGGAUACACCAAACAUAGGCGAUGAGUUACUUAACACGCUGAAAUUAGCAUUGCAUUGUGUAGAUCCCUCACCAGCGGCACGUCCGGAAGUUCAGCAAAUUCUGCAGCAACUAGAGGAGAUCAAGCCAGACCUGGCUGCCAGUUCUAGUGAUGAUAGAGCCCCAGUUCAAUCAGCAAGUGAUGAAUAGAUUUGUUAUUAUCUGGUUAUGCGAGAAUAAAGGAGUCUUUGAUAAAUUAGGAUGGUUUUACAAGUUAUAAGAGGAAGGAGUAGCACUCUCAAUAUUCUUUAGUUCUUUGGUCGGAGUAUGUAAAUACUAAAUAGAGUUGUGUGGCAUUGUUUGGAAUUAGCAUUCUUUUUCAUAUAUUAUAAUAAUAAAAUGAUGGAAAUUACAUCUGAUAUA